UAGACCGGAAGCAGAAAGACGCUGAUGUAGCUAGGCAGCCGUCUGGAUUAGCUGUCCACGUAAUUUUGUUGGAAAUUCGUCAAAUAUCACAAUGAUACGGUUGAAAAAUAUGCUGUGACGUUGCCAAACUUGAACUGUAAACACGGAGCAGGCAAUAUUUCCAAGUACUAUUUUAAUAGUUUUGUAAUCGGGUUUAGCAAAGCAGUUAGCUAGCUUCCUGGCUGCCGUUAGCCUAGCUCGCUAACCUUUGUCAAAUUGUAAUGGCAAGUGCUACUAGUAGCGAGGCUAUUUCAUUCGCUAGCUAACGUGACCUCGUGGUGAACAUUUCAUUUCAGAGAAAGGACGUGGACGAUUUCAGAAAUUAAUUUCCCGCUACAGCAUUUAGCUAGCUGCUUCAACAAUUCCUGAAGGAUUCAAGAUGGAGGAGGACUUUGGUGGGCCGUCACCAUCCUGCUCAACUGAACCCCAACCAACGCUGUCACUAGGUCCUGACGGUAGCCACGGUGACCGGGACUACACACCACAGGGGCAGGAGAUUGGUUACCCUGGAGGCCUUGACAGCUUCAGUGAAAUACCUAGAUUUAACAUCGUAGUCAAAGAGGAGGAGGAAGAUUUAGAGGAGUGGAGUUUUAAUUAUACAGGAGAGAGUCCAAACCACAGCUCUAGUGAUGAGGCAUCAGCAGAACGACGCCAGGAGAAUCGCACAGCUAAGAAGACGUUUUACCGCUGCCCGGAGUGUGGGAAAGAGUUUCCUCACCCAUCUAAACUACAGAGACAUCUUAGAACGCACACAGGAGAGAAACCAUAUCCUUGCUCUGUGUGCGGAAAGAGAUUCAGUGAUACAGGGACCCUCAAAACACACGAGAGGUUGCACACAGGAGAGAAACCGUACAUCUGCCCGGAAAAGAACUGUUGGAAGAGGUUUGUCAGCCAAGGAGAGUUAAAACUGCACCAUCGGACACACACCGGAGAGAAACCUUGCCACUGCUCUGUGUGUGGGAAGAGUUUCUCACGUAUGUGGCACUUGAAGGUCCACAUGAUGACGCACGCCGGAGAGAAGCAGAGACUCAGCAUGAAAAAACCUUUCCCAUGCUCUGAGUGUGAGAGGGGCUGCAACUCUGCAGCAGAGCUCAAGAUGCACCAGAGGAUGCACACUGGGGAGAGACCUUACCAGUGUUCCACCUGCAAAAAGACCUUUGUUUUCCCAAGCUCUCUAACAAGACAUGAACAAUCCCAUAUAAGCGAAGCGAAUAGUACCGCCAAGCCGUACAGCUGCUCAGAAUGUGGGAAGGAAUUCACUCAGCCAUGGACCUUAAAGAUACACAUGCGCCAGCACACCGGAGAGAAACCGUACCACUGCUCUCAAUGCGAGAAGAGGUUCUCGUCGUCGUCACUCCUUAAAAGACACCAGAGGGUUCACACCGGAGAGAAACCAUUCCAGUGCUCCGACUGCGGGAAGAGUUUCUCCUCGUCAGCGAAUAGAACCAGUCACCGUCGUCGGAUCCAUGAAGGUAUACCGGGUGGGUCACAGCGGCAGGAGGCCACCUCUGUGGAUGGUACCAGUAAGGCUGGGCACAAACCCACAGAGUCUCUGCCUUCUGACCAGAGCCAGAGUGAAGCCUCCACUCAAACUGCUGGGGUGACUGUUGACGUGAAAGAGGAGGAGCAAACACUUGAACUGAAGAUUAAAACUGAAGAACUGGAGGAGGAGGAGGAGGAGGAGGAAGAAGAAGAAGAAGAAGAAGAAGAAGAAGAAGAAGAAGAAGAAGAGGAGGAGGAAGAGGAGGAAGUUGUUGGGCUGAUUAAUUCUGAUGGAGAAGAAAUGGACUGGGAUCCUUCUCUUCUUGGAUAUAAUCCCAGUCAGAGUUCUGACAUUGAAGAGAGUCCCUCUACAUCAGGAGAACCUGAACAUCACCAGGAGAAUCACAACGCUAAGAGCUCUCACUGCUGUUCAGUGUGUGGAAAAGACUGCCAAAAAUUAUCGGCGCUACAAAAACACAUGAGAAUUCACACAGGAGAGAAGCCUUACCCCUGUACUUUGUGUGGAAACCAAUUCCGUGAGAAGGGACACCUGAAAGCACAUCUGAAAACUCACACUGGAGAGAAACCUUACCACUGCCCCACCUGUGGGAUGAAGUUCGCCCAUUUGGGAGCCAUGAAAAUACACCUGCUGACACACACUGGAGAGAAACCUUACCCCUGUUCUGUGUGUGGGAAGAGUUUUACCCAGUCAUCGCGUUUGAAGCAACAUUUCCGGACGCACACAGGAGAGAAACCUUACUCCUGCUCUGUAUGCAGGAAGAGUUUUGCAAGACCAGCAGACCUUAAAGUCCACCACAGAGAUCACACAGGGGAGAAACCUUACAGCUGCACUGAAUGUGGCCAGAGCUUUACCAGUUCCCACAACCUAUGGAAACAUCAGAAGAGCCAUCUACCACCUGGACUACCACAACCUGUUGAGUUUGACAACCACAACCAAACACCAGAGAUGAAUGCUGAAAACGAAGGACUGAAGGAGGAAGAUGAGGAGGAGGAGGA